UAUUGGUCUGUCAUUCAAAGAAGUCAAAAUGAUGAAUUUUCAUCUUGUACUUGCUUUGGUGUGUCUGGCGGGCAGUGCAAUGGCUGCCCACUGGCACCCCACCACAACAACACCGAAACCGAAGACACGUGCAGACCUAAUGCACGAGAAGAUGGAUGUCCUGGAGAAACUGAUGGAAACUGUUGCUAGGCAGAUCAUGCUUCAACAGCUGUACGUCAAUGAGCGGAUCCGGGGCGGCUACAACUCUGGUGUCAAGCAGAUCCGGUACACAAGGGAAGGACCAAGGCCGUAUUACGGCGACUCUCACUCGGGACAAUUAGCUGGGUCCAUUCAUGACCAUCCUGAUCAAUACCGGACGAUGGGACUUGGGGAACUGGAUGUCGUCCUCAAUGGCAUCGAUUUCAGAACAAGACACAACGACUACAAGCUCCAAAUGCCAGGCAACAACAAGAUUUUGAAUGCAGUGAAAGACGUACCCUUCCCGCCCGUUCCCGCCGCCGUAACUCGUCUGCAUACCGCUCAUGAACAAGAGGCGGAGAUGCGAGAGUGGUUCUCUGCCUGGCAGAAUCAGAACGAGACCCACAGACCAUACAAGAACCACUUCACGCCAGUCCUGUGCUACCUGGAGGGAUCCAUGAUGAAAGAUUUGCAAAAGUUGUAUGAGCCUUCCAAGACAAACGUACACCAUUUUGAUGCUUUGACACAAACCGAAAUGCUGCAGAAGAUCAGAUUUUCAGGAUACUCCGGCAUUCAAAGCAGCAGCCAAGACCUCGCCUACCUACCCCGCUAUGUCAUGAACGUUGUCAAUGGUACAAUAGAUCCUGCCCAAUGGAACUACCGAGUCGCCUGCCAUCCUCUCAGCGAGGACUUGCCACUGAAGAACCUCAAGCUGGUGGACGAUUUGAACGUUAGGAUGGCCAACUUGCUGACGUUUGAUGAAUACAGGAACAGCCCUGGAGCCAGGUUUGACCUCACUGAAAAGACGGACGAUCAAGACUUCGUCUAUGGGUUGUUGGACAAGGUCAUGCAAGAGAUCCCAGGGAAAGAAAAUUACGGCGCCCUUAUUCACGAUUCUUUCCUCAGAGAGACAGUCAAUGAAAUCAAGUUUGCUAACUUUACCCCACUCAACACGGCAUACUAUCACCGGUGGUACAAGGUUGAUGAUAAAGGGGCGAUGGGAGUGAAGAUUGUCCACAGGGGAUUUGCUGAUUCUUACUUCUUCAUUGCACAGACUACCCAUCACGAGGUGGCCAGCAUGACCCUCACAGAUUGUCAUAAGAACCCGACCACUCGGAAAACGGAGUGCGGUCCCAUUACAAGACGGUAUACUGCUGCUAUACCUCUUGAGAUAGUAUACCUAACCCCUCUACAUAACUGGAACCCCUACUCGAUCCAAUACAAGGGUGAUUACAGCACCAACUAUGCAAAAUCUGUCAUUGCCAACAAGAGGCAUGGUGGGAUGACCCAGGCCACUGCAUUUGAUGGCUCCAACAGCAUGCACUGGUAUCAUACACCUAAAGAGUUCUUUGACACAGCUGCUUUGGACAAGAACAACCAAGCCCAUAGCGUGGUGGGUGUUUUGGACUCAAAAGGAACUCCAAGAAUGGUAAUGGCAUCUGGAAUGCGCACCAUACUUCCGAAAAUCCCAGGAAUUGGUUCAGUGAGGGCUCGUUAUCCCAUUCUUCCAGUGCACGGUGAAGGAAUGAGUGUCUGGAAGGAACUGGAUGCUCUUAAGGACAUCACUAUGAAAAUACAGUCGAACACUGCAGCGUUUGAGAAGAACCCAGUCCAUGCUGGCAAGGCACCUGUGAUUGGCAAAGCACAGCCUAGUGUCCACUUCCUUGUUGGUCCAUCAGACAAAGCUCACGGCAAACACACCCACAGAAUUACCCUCACCUUUGCUCAGAUGGAGUCGCUUGGUGCUGGGCACACCGUCAGUGUCAAGACAUCCUACAACUCUGGGCACAGUCAUCAGGUUGAGAUCUACGUCAAGUCUGGUACCUCAGGCUUUCAGAUAAAGAAAUGCGAUGGCCACGCUGGAGCCUGUUCUGAUGGUCACCCCUUGACUCUCACUGUUAUCCAGAACUGAACGUUGAUCAGUCUAUUCAGGUGGCAAUAAACAUGAUCAUAUUUC